CCCUAAAUUUUUUUGCUACACCCCUGACUCCCAUGCCUCAAUUUCAUAAACUCAGACUACACCAUCAAUCUAUUUUAAUUUCACAGAAGACUUGCAGAAAAAUGAACUGAUGAAACUGAAUUGAUCAAACUCUACAAGGUUCAGUCUAUGGAGCCUUUGAGUAAUUUUUUGUACAAACUCCACAGUGCAGACUGGGAGCCCCCAGCCCACGUCCCGCACUGAUGAAAUCUGAGAAGUGCUAACGCAGCAGCAUGUUCAAUAAACCUCUUUGCCUGCCAACAUUUCGGCGGGGGGGGGGCUCCACAGCCCCAACAAUCAGCCCGAGGGACUGAGAUCUAUCAGCGGGGAACAUGGCCAAAGUAAGCAGCGGUUCCUCUGGUUGUCGGGCCGUGGUGUUGGCAGGAAAGUACCUGUCGAACCCGUCUCCCCCGGCCCUGACUCGGACCUCCGGGCAUCGGCAGCGGGGGAUGUUUGGUCCACAGCGCCGAAUGAUGAGCUCUGACGUCGGCAGCACUGGAGGAAAAAACGCGGCUUUGGCCCAGCAGGAGCCGCUCGGGUAUAUCUCUGCCGCUGACCGACAUGUGCUGGCAAACCGGAAUCUUAUUUACCGGGACGUGAAGGCUUUUCUCAGUGAGGUUGGUGGGGACCCCCGUGAGGCUCGGUACUGGCUCACUCAGUUCCAGAGAGCGAGUACCGCGCAGUGUCCUGCCUUUGCCGUACUAGAGGCGGACAGCUCUGUGUUCCACAGCAGGGAAAUGGUUCAGAGCCUCGCCUUUGGGCUCUCGUUCCUGCAGCGCAUGGAUAUGAAGCCUGUGGUGGUGAUGGGCCGAUCCGAGAACGAGGAGACGGGGCCCAGUGAGCCAGUGGCGGGGUCUCGGUGCACCAAAGGCCUGGUGGAGCGCAGCCAGCAGCUGACUGAGGCUCUGCAGCAACACUCUGCCACCGUCCUGCCGCUCUUCUCCGCCGAGUCCUUCCUCCUGCUGCAUGAAGCCCCACGAGGAAGCAGCGCCUCACCCUCCGUCACUGUGGACACCAGCCUCCUCCAGUGGUGCGUGGACUGCGGGACAAUCCCCUUGGUGUGUCCAGUGGGGAGGGAUGGCCGGGGUUGCUCGGUAAUGUUGGACCCGACGGAGGUGACGACAGCUAUUUCCCGAGCCCUGCAACCCCACAAAGUCAUGUUCCUGAACAACUCAGGAGGCCUCCGCAGCCAAGAACGCAAGGUGCUGGGCACAGUGUCGUUGCCUAGCGACCUGCCCAGUCUGUCCAUGGCGUCAUGGCUGAGCGCAGCAGAGCGGCGCAGAGUGACCACCAUAGCCAGGCUGCUCAAUCAGCUGCCGUCAGAGUCCUCAGCGGUGAUCACCUCGGCGGACACGCUGCUCACAGAGCUGUUCAGUCACAGAGGAUCAGGGACACUCUUUAAAAAUGAAGACCCCAUACACCGGUACAGGUCUCUGGAUGGAAUUGAUGUAGAGCGUCUGCUGGCUCUCAUCAACAAGUCGUUUGAUAAAACCCUGAAGCAAGAUUACAUCGACUCUCUGCAAGGACGACUGCACUCCAUCUACCUCUCUGAAGGCUACAGCGCGGCAGCCAUCAUCACCAUGGAGCCGGUGAACAGCGGCACUCCGUACCUCGACAAGUUUGUGGUGAGCAGCAGUAAGCAGGGUCAGGGCACCAGCCACAUCCUGUGGGAAUGUAUCAGGCAGGACCUGGGCAAACUCUUCUGGAGGUCUAGAGCCACCAAUAGGAUCAACCCCUGGUACUUUAAACAUUGCGAUGGGAGCUUCGUUAAUGGGGUGUGGACCAUCUUCUGGUUGGGCCUGACAGACAUCAGAGAUUCCUACGAGCUGGUGGAGUAUGCCAAGAACCUUCCAGACUCUUUCCACGCCUCGUCUCUCGCCGCCUCCCAGCAGGCCCCCACGCCUGCAGGGGGAUCCUGAGCCGCCUCCUCCCAGCUGCUGCACUGUGCCUCUGAAGAGUUGUUGGCUCUGAGGCUUUUUGGUGCAGCCUUGGAGCUAUGGACAUUGUUUUCUCAAUUUGUUUUACCUUGAAACUUGAAAACCAAAGCUGCAGUGAGAAUUUCAGUAUUGUUACACCUUAUAUUUCUAAAGUUGGGGUUACCUCUAAGUGUUCUAGUGAUUAAAGCAGAGGAUGUCAGCGGCAUUUCAGUUUGGCUAAGAAACACUAACUACAUGUAUAUGCUACGGUUGAUUCAUUUGAAAACGCCAGUGGUGCGUCAGGUUUCUCUCAUUUUUUUUACAUCCAGACAAAAACUUUUUUGCAAAAAUCCUCUCCAAACUACAGCCUCCUGUUGGAAUGUGGACCAGGAAAGUGAUUAUUGUCGUGGAUGCCUUCACCAACACAGCCAGGUGCUGUGAUGCUUCCAGAUCUUUCUGCGGUCACUUGUUUUGAAGGCCAGUACAUUGAAGUACAGGUGUCAUUAAAGGGGCACGCUGCGCUCACUGGAGAGCUUUUACAGUUUGAGGAAAUAACCCUGAUGAUGUCAUAGUGAUGUCAGCAGGGUUGCCUUUGGUUUGGCUUGGAAACUUCAUAUUCCUUCAUAAAGUCUACAUUACCAGCAAGUCUCCUUAUAUGAAUAGGUGUACAAUUUAAGAGGUUUUAUCAGUUUCCUGUUGUUUUGGCUGGCAGAAUUGUGAAAGUAAAGUCAGCAAAGUCUUUUUUAGCAGCUGCUCAGAAGACAAACCUGUCAGUGGCCUGUUCUCUUGCACUUCUUAAAUGCCAGAGGGAGUAUUUGUUUGUGAUGUUUUCUUAUUACUGAAACACUUUUCGUGCCCGUGCCCUGUGCUUAGCAAACAUCUAACAGUCACUCCUUGGGGUCACACUCCUUCAGAGUUGAUUUAUGAAGCUUCCCACAGAGAACCACGUUAUGAAGAGAGGGUUUUCCUCAUAGUUCCUCUUCAGAUUAUUAAGGGUGAAAUACAAAACCCAUGAAACAGCACCACUUCUUUUGUGUUUUAUUUGUAUGACCGGGUGACUUUAAACAAAGUUAAACAUGCAAAGAUGUCAGUGAUGCCAAAAGGAAAGCAACAGUUACCAGUACACAGUAAUAUAGCAGACCCUGUGUGGCUUAAGAAACAAGUGUGUAUGGUAAUGGAAAAUAUCUGUUAUUCUUUUUUUGUUUGAUUCUCCAUGUCUUUUGGUUUUUGGAAAAAAUAUAUCAAUAAUAGACAUGUUUUACUUUGUUCUUAUGUUUGACAGAAAAAAAAGGAGCACAAUGGAUGACAGUGAUAUGCUCGUAUGUUUACGCUCCUCAUAACAAGGACAUGUCAGUCGAUCCCUGUUUAUUAUGCAUUUCAAAAUAAUAGCACGAUUAUGUUUCAGAGGAGUGUUCAGGUUGUCACGGUUUUCAUUCUUACAAUUUAAUACAUCAAACCACACCUAUCAGAGAACUACAACUAUGGAUGGCUUCAGUAUUUCAUCUUAAUUUCUACUUAAGAGCUCUGAGUGUAACCAAACAGGGACAUCACACACUCCAUCUCAGAAGUGGUCCUCCUCCUUGCUGAAAGGCAGGAUGUUUCAUAAAUUAGUCUUAAAUUCUGCUCUGAGGUUUUUGUUUUUAGUCCUAAUUUAUCUUUCAGUGUGUUUCCCAGGAGUGACUCUGAGAUGCCUGACAAACAUGGGAUGAAAUCUGACCUGUGAAGAGUUGACAUACGAUAAGCUUAUAAAGUUUUGCAGAAUUUUAACAUUUUAUUCUGAUAAUACUGUGUUUUUCAAUUCAGACCAUUUUCCCAAGGACCAGUUUACAUUCAGCAGUUUAAAUGAUGUGCUGCUCAUAUGGUAGCAGUUGGUGCAGUUUUGUUUUUGACCUGUUGGUGCUUAGCUUUGUAGAUCAGCAGAGUUUACACCACAGGCAGGUUGAGCUGAUGACGUGCAGGGUUAGCUUUAGCUCAGCCUAAAUCAGGCACUUAAGUGGAACUGAUGAGACAAAUGAAAACAAAAGUUGUGUGCAUGCCCAGCUUUGUACCUUGUUUGGGAGAGGAAACAGAAAAGAUUACAUUGAUUUGAUUAGUAUACUCAAGAAGGGGAAAGCAAUAAAACAUCUUCAGCACACAA